UUUCGCAGUUACUUGCCCCUGUUUCAUCCCGUGACAGACAACAUUACCAGAUCGCCGUCGUCCUCCAGAGAAAAACCCAUAUCUUUGUCAACGAUAACUGGUUGAGAGAUUAACCACAAGUCGUUUGACCUUUACACCCUUUCUUUUAAUUAUUUUUUUUACAAAUCAACUCUUUAUCUCAUGAAGAACUGAAUAUUUUGUUUCACAACUCUAAAAAUAUUCCAUUUCUUUCACGCAAAUUUGGAACAUAACUAUUCAUCAUCCACAACCACCGCGGCAUAGAAUUAUUUCAACCAAACAUCAAAGAUGCCACUACCAACCAGACCCAUGGUCCCCGAGGUUAUGGGAGACGUUGCUGCUAGAAAUACACAUAAAAUGGCCAUCACUCGAGAUUAUAUCUCACAACCAAGACUUACUUACAAGACUGUCACUGGUGUAAAUGGACCCCUUGUCAUAUUGGACGAUGUCAAGUUUCCAAAAUUUGCAGAAAUUGUUCGUUUGACUUUAGCCGAUGGCAGCACAAGAAGUGGUCAAGUGCUUGAAGUCAGUGGCUCCAAAGCUGUUGUCCAGGUGUUUGAAGGAACAUCAGGAAUUGAUGCUAAACACACAACCUGUGAGUUUACUGGCGACAUUCUUAGGAUGCCUGUUUCCGAAGACAUGUUAGGUCGUGUUUUUAAUGGUUCUGGAAAGCCAAUUGACAAAGGUCCUGGAGUCCUUGCUGAGGAUUUCUUGGAUAUUCAGGGUCAACCAAUUAACCCUUGGUCUCGUAUUUACCCUGAGGAAAUGAUACAGACAGGUAUUUCAGCCAUUGACACAAUGAAUUCAAUUGCCCGUGGGCAGAAGAUUCCCAUCUUUUCAGCUGCUGGUCUACCACAUAACGAGAUUGCUGCUCAGAUCUGUCGUCAAGGUGGUUUAGUGAAGCUGCCUGGUAAAAGUAUUAUGGAUGAUCAUGAAGACAACUUUGCCAUUGUGUUCGCUGCUAUGGGUGUCAACAUGGAAACUGCUCGAUUCUUUAAACAGGACUUUGAAGAAAAUGGUUCCAUGGAAAAUGUGUGUCUUUUCUUAAAUUUGGCCAAUGACCCCACCAUUGAACGUAUCAUCACACCAAGGAUUGCACUGACCACAGCUGAGUAUCUGGCCUACCAAUGUGACAAACACGUUCUGGUCAUCCUCACCGACAUGACAUCAUACGCUGAAGCUCUUCGAGAGGUUUCAGCAGCCAGAGAAGAAGUGCCUGGGCGACGUGGUUUCCCCGGUUACAUGUACACUGAUCUGGCUACCAUCUACGAGAGGGCUGGUCGAGUUGAGGGUCGCAAUGGCUCCAUCACACAAAUUCCUAUUCUUACUAUGCCUAAUGAUGAUAUCACACAUCCCAUUCCUGAUUUAACUGGGUACAUCACAGAGGGACAGAUUUAUGUUGACCGUCAGUUACACAACAGACAGAUCUACCCUCCAAUCAAUGUGCUUCCAUCACUGUCUCGUCUUAUGAAAUCAGCCAUUGGUGAAGGAAUGACACGUGAGGAUCAUGCUGAUGUUUCCAAUCAGUUGUACGCCUGCUAUGCCAUUGGUAAAGAUGUGCAAGCUAUGAAAGCUGUUGUUGGUGAAGAAGCUCUAACAUCAGAGGACUUGCUCUACCUGGAGUUCCUCACCAAGUUUGAGAAGAAUUUCAUCUCUCAGGGUCACUAUGAAAACCGAUCCAUAUUCGAAUCGUUGGACAUUGGCUGGCAGCUGUUGCGAAUCUUCCCGAAGGAGAUGUUGAAGAGAAUCCCUGCGGCCACCCAGGCCAAGUACUAUCCUCGGGACGGCGGUCAGUCCACCACUUCCACUCAGCUGUAAAGGGCUUGCUGCGACUGCACCACGAAUCUCCUGGUUCUUGCACUGAACAACACAUUCCAACUCCCACCCCCCCGACCCCCCACAUACACACCAUCCACAUGAUAGCUGUUUGGCCAGCUCCAUGAGUGGUGUGGCAUUUCAUCCACUGUCGUUUUCUACAUCAGUGUCAUUACAUAUAUAUAUAUAUAUAUAUAUACAUAUAUAUAUAUAUAAUGUGCACAUACAUAUCUUGUAGGAUUAAUUGCUCAUACAUGUAUACAGAUACACAUGCAUAUAUAUAUAAACAGAAAAAACUUAAAAUCUGUGGGUACCCUCCUUAUGAACAGGACCAAAGCAUAACAUCCACUGCUGUAUGAUAUUGGGAGGAUGAAGAGGUGUUGAUUGUGGGUUUCAAUGCUCUAUCUCUUCAUUGUUGUUAUUAUUAUCGUUAUAGUAGCAGUUGUUGUUCAAAUUCUUGUUAGUCUGCAGAAAAUUAGCUUUAGCAGUGGAUCCUCUCUUCAGAUGCACUAAAAUCUCCCACUUUUUCUUUCUCUCACACACACAUACACUCUAUGUACACUCACUAUAAAUUUACACACACCAAUGCAGACAGAUUAUUCUGUGUUGCAGCCCACCAUUGGCUGAAAUCAAUAGGUAUAUCUUUGACAUAUCUCUCCCUUGGCACACACUGAAAUUUUUUGAUGAUGUUCAUUAAUACACAAAAAACCCUCCUUUGUAUUGCUGACACAAACACAUACACACACGUGUACAUAUAUAUAUAUAUAUAUAUGUGUGUGCACACAUACAAAUUCUCUAGUUAUUAAGCACACUGGAUGCAUGUGGAAAACAGAAAGGCAAAAACUGAUACAAAAAAAAAAUUACAACUUUAGAAACUAUUGCCGCUGACUAAAAUAAUAAUUACACGAGUGAUUUCAAACAAUAAUAAUAAUUUCUUAUCUGUUCUAAAUUUCAAUAAAUUUUGAAAAUAUAUUAAAAAAAAACCCCCUAAAACAACCAUCUAAUUUUAGAUAUCAAAUUAGAACUUUUCUAUAAAAAAAAAUGUUUUUACUGACAUGAAAUGAUGUUAUCCCCUUUGAAAAAAAAAUUUGGUUUAUAGACAAUCUCAGUAAUAAUACAAUAAUCCUGUUACUGUUUCAAUGUUUAUUAUCGUCCAAAGAAUUUGAAGAAGAAAACUUGGUCUUUGAUUUUAAUGAAUGUGGCGGCAGUGAUUGUUCUAGAAGUGUUAUGAAAGCUGUCAUGAUUCUCAUCCCUUUCAAAAAAAAAAAAAACCAAGCAGAUUUUUUUUUCCUUGGUAGGGAUGGCUAUUAUAUAUAUUUUUUUUCUAAACCUUUCCUAAAAGCCUGUUGGACAUAAUUGUGUGAUAGAAAUAUUUCCUUUUUUUUCUUCUGUUGGAAAGAAAUAAAACUUGUACUGUUAAUUCUA